UUUGUGUUUACCAUUACCAGGUCCCCUUCCACCUCGGUCGUACAAAAAAAGUUUAGAUUUUGCAUUUGAGUGACAAGAAAUAUGCAGUUUUAUGGAUUGUGAUCAAGAUAUAUGGACAUCAUUUGUCAACACCAAAGCAAAUAGACCACAAUGGUUUUAGAGCCACUAUCCAGCAGUAAGGCUGGCACCAUUCGCUCUCUCCUCAUCCGAGCAUGGCGGGAGCGAUGGUCAGACCUCCAGUGGGGCAUUCACAUCAAAACGGUACUGCCCCGUGCUGUGAGUGGAGACAUCUACCAUUUAGCGGACUACAUUCUCCAACAAGCACUCAUGGGACCCCUACCAAAUAAUCUCAUUCUUUCAUAUUUGAGGCAUUCUCUCAGUUCACAGAUUGUAUCAUAUGGUGGUGUGAUUGAGAGCAUCAGCAAGUAUGAUGGCCUGCACAAGCCUCACUGUGUUCAUGCUCUGCUUGAUCUCAUGCAGUCUAUGAUGAAAAGCGUAUCAUGUAGAGGAAAGCCAGAAGACUGUCUUGUUUUGGCUACUUCUAUUGUUGGUGGGGUUAAAUGGUUGAUACAGGUUAUGGGUUGGUCAACACAACAGCUACUGGAUCUUCGCAAUGCCCCCGAACUCUCUGCCAAUCUCAGCCUUGCUGCAUCAAUUUUGCACGAAAUCCUGAACUGCACAUUCCUUACCUGUAUGCUGGAAAUUGGCCGAAGAGAAGAACCAGGUACCUGGAGCACCUGCAUGAAGAAGAUGACAGAAGUAGAGACUCUCCUGGCUGGUGCUGAGACUAUUAUUGAAAACAAAGAUAUUCUCAUCAAGACCGUUUGCCAACUACGUGAUAUCCAGCCCUUGGACAGUAUAGGCAGCAAACACAAAUUUGACAGCAGUUCAGUUCCAUUGUGCCAUGCAAUGCACAGUCUGGUGAUGUUGGAAGUGAUCACACAUACCACACGUGACGCUGCAACAUUUGCUCAUCAACUUCUUCUUCUGCAACAACUUCAGGGUCUCAGCACAAUGCAGCUGUAUUUAGAAUUGUUGAGAUCAAGUUUCCUGGGACUGAGCUGUCCUGAGCACCAGGCAUACCAAGAAUUGAAGUGGGUUGGAUUCACCUUCAUCAAAGUUCCAACAAUUUUAUAUACCAUCCAUAUCAUGCUGAAUGGAGAAAAUGCUACAGGAGAAUCUGAAGAUUUACUAACAGCAGUUCAGCGAUUGGCACAAUUAACAAUACUGUUAGACCAAGUUGACUCUAGAAUCAACUGUAAUUGUCUUGAAUACCUUCUGAAUGAACUUUGUAACAAGACCAGCUUGAUAUCAGAAAGAGAUGCCCAGGAAAUCAUUACAAAAAGGGUAAAGGAAUCCAAUGUUCUGUCCAAUAUUCAGAAGAAUGAUGCCCAAGGCUCACACCCUGGUAAUCCGAACCUCAUCCUCCGUGCCCAGCCUACUGUUACCAGUAUAUUAAAGACACUCAGUAAUAAGAAUCAGGAAUCUGUUUUACCUGUCAUGAAUUUGCUGAUUAGUGGGAAGAGUCGAGAUUUGCUGCUGGUUGCAGCUGCUGCCUCUGGCAGUCUUCAUAUAUUUGCACAGAAGUUUGUCAAAUUCAAUGAAGUCAGUAUGGAUCCUCAGCCUGGAGAGACUUCCAAAAUGGCUAUCAACCGUGCUCUUAUGUUUGAUAUAUCCUUCCUCUUGUUAUGCCAUAUUGCACAACUUUAUGGCAUAGAUGUGGUUGUAUCAGAGAAGUGUGAGACUUUUGUAGAACAGUGGAUGAAGGAGAACAUGCCUGAAUUAGGCCGCGUAAAAGCACCAUUGAUGACCACCCGCACAGACCAAAAUGCCGUUGAGGACUUCAUUAGACAGGUCAAUGUUACAGACCUUGAUUUGAAGUACAAUAUGGUGCCAUGGAGUGAUUUAUGUCAGGUGGCAGCAAUUGCAUUCAGGGAAGUGGUGAGUGCUGCCCAACAAGGAGCAGUGCCAAUACAGCGUGUGAAAGAGUUGCUUGACCGUCUUCGUUAUCACUUGUGUUGUCUUCCCAUUUGUGUUGCCACUUGGCUCUGUUCCCAUGUUCAGGUGGUGGAUGGAGAGCAAGCAGUCCAGCCACUUAGCUUUUUGCACUACCUUCUGACUUCUUUUAAUGAUCAUGAUGCUUCUGUACCAACUCUUGAAAAUUUCAAGGAUAGAUCCACAUUAAUGGUGCAAAUUGUGGAAAAUAUGGCACAGGUAAUGAAAGGAGGAACACAACCUGCAAUUAACAAUGAUAAUAUGAAUAACAGUGCAGGGAAAACCCUCCAGAAAGAAGAAAGUACAAACUCACUCCUCUCAUCCCAGGAACCCUUGUCAAACCUGCUGAGAGAAACAUGGAAACAAGUGUUCCCAGGAGGAGUCAUAACACACAAAGCUCUGGCCACUUUUCGGGAUCUCCUAAGGCUCGGUGGUAUCAAGUGGUUUGUCUGCGAUUUGGUAAAGACUGGGAUGCAGAGUGUUUUCAAGUCAGAUUUGGCUCGGGCAGUUGAUCUUAUCUACGCCCUUUUACACCAAGAUGUGGUUGGUUGCACUCUGAGUUUAUUGGUCCAUGCUCUGCCCAUGUACAUAUCUGGGCCAUGUUCAGCUGAUUUACUUAGUGAGCCUAGAACACAUGCUCUGGCCCAUCUAGCAGUUAUGAUGAUCAUAUCUGCUUGGUUGGCUGUUCAGCAACCUCCUGUUAAGCCAGAGCCAGGGAGUACAAUGAGUAUGGUAAUGGGAGCCACACCUGGAGGACCUAGCAACUACAGAAAGCGUACCUACCAUGACCGCAUACUGGAUGACCUUGAAUCUAGCCUGCAAGCACAUUCUGUAGAGUUGGCAAUUGCCAGAGGUACUCCAGGCCUGACAAAAGAUGGGACAUCACUUCUGGUUGCUGUACAGUCACUACUCUUGCUCAUGACUCAGGUGAGCCGUGCAGGUGUUGUGAGUCCAGUAACCAGACUUGUUGUUAACAUUCUCCAUGAGCUUAUAGCUGCUCCAUACAGCCACACCCUCCUUACCCUGACUCCUCCUGCAUUAUUGCCCAAUUUGGUGCCCCUCCUGUCACCCCCAGAUGCUUUCACCUAUGCUGAAUUGUUGGCAAUCACAGCUCCCAAGCCCACCUGUCAGUCUGGCCUGGCCAAGGAUUUCAUUGGUGAUUUCAUUGGUGCACAAACUCCAGCCCAGGCUGCUGGGGCAAGAAGAGCAGCAGCCAAGCUCUUGUGUGUUCAGCGCAACCUGGCCUUGGCUAAUGAAUCUUUCACAGAACUGACUCUGUGAGGAUGUGAUCUUGAAGUGUGUUUAGGAUUUAAGGGGGCAUUUUUAUAUGAGGAGUGGAAGAAGAUGGAAAAUUGAUCUGCAUCUAGAGGGGUAAAAAGAAAGGACACGAUGCAGGUGCUGGAUGACAUGAGUGUAUAUAAUUUUGAAAUAUAAGUUUGAUUUAAUAAGGGACUCCCAGCCAAGUAUGAAGGUUUUGUAACCACUCAUAU